AUGCUUUCUCGGACGCUGUUGCUUGCUCUACUUGGGACACUCACUAUUCCAGCAGUGCUUGUUCAUGCGGAAGACACCGUUGAUGGUGAAGUGACCGAAGACCAAGAUAUUGCGAAAACGGAAGACGAUGAGUUGGCUGUAACCUCUUCUUCUGAUGCAGUGGUUUCAUUCAUCUUUACACAACCUGCUGACGCCAACACUGUCAAAGGUAGUGCCCACCACUUUUGUUUUAGCCAGAGCUGUGAAUGCUCUUUUAUUCGUUUAUCGCUAUUCUUCUAGAG